AUGAGCAACAUUCCACAGACGCCAUCUCUAACACCUUCAUCUGCCUUGAGCCCAAGCCUUAUCACCUCCAGCAACCCGUCUAGCAAUUCUCCACUCACAAGCACACAGAGCUCCGCGCAAUCGAUCACAUCAUCAAGUUCGGACUUAUCGUCAUUCUCCAGCACAGUCUACAGCGUCACGCCAGCUCAGGUACCAACAGCAAGCACUUCGUAUGAAGCCUGCCCAACUCAAACACAAGACAUCUGCGGCUCUCAGAACCAAGGAACUACAUGCUCCUCCACCAACGGCACCGCCUACAACAUCAACUGCGGCAUCGCGUACGUGGGCACCGAAGUCGACGAGUCAGACGUCAACUAUCCGCCUCCACGGACUUCCUCGCGGAGUGCAACUGCGACUGGACGCAAACGAGCUCUCUCCGGGGCGGAGUGGACAUUCGACUACUGCCAGGAGACUUGCGACUGGACACCAAAUUGUGUGGCAAUUAAUUGGGUCAACGAUAAUUGCAAUCUCUUACAGAACGUCACCGGCUAUCGUGAGAUGCCCGAUGCUAUGCGUGGGAGGCCUGUCGCGGUGUAUACGCCGCCAGCGCCUGAGCCUUCGCAUUUUGACGCGAUGAAGAUCUUUAUGAGCGACGCGAUUCCUUCGGCCUGUAGACGAUGGGUAGUCACGGGAACUUAUACGCUUUCUGCGACAAGGUGA